AUGUUUGCUUUCAUGCGUCCUUGUGGUGCAAUGGAAUUGCGCACUAACCUGCUUCGCUUAGCGUCUCGACGCCCAGCCUGGGUGCUGCAAAUCCGGCAGAGUAAGAUUCUGCCGAAGAUGAAGCACCACCGCCACGUGGAGGAGCCGAAGGAGCACACUGAGCACAAGUUGGUGCUGGUCAAUCCCAAGGACAUCCCGACCUAUGAUUUGAGCGAACUCCCGGAAGAGUUCGAGGCUUUGCGGCGUGACCGGCACAGCGAGGUGAUGAAGUGGGUUACGGCCAUUGCAAAGCACAUUGGCGACAAACAUGUCAUCUAUCCGGAUAGGGAUAAGCGGAGUGGCAAGGAUCACUUCCAUAUUAUCUACCAUGGCUUUGAGUACUACAUUCACAACUCUCUGCAUCACCAGGAGUUCACUGCCAAGCAAAAGAAGAGCUUGCUGAAUGUCCUGGCCCACAUGGGGGUCUUCGGCAAGCUGCCGGUAAAAUCUGGCGCUGAGACGGAGGAAUGA